CCUAUCUCUCCGCAACGCCACAAGAUGGCAGCUCCAAUGUCUAUUGACGUAGCUGUUGGUGCGGGAGAUCACAAAGAUCUUUGGUCGCCUCAGAGUCCACCCUGCUCUAAUGGGUACCUGACACUAGUUGUGGAAAAUUAAAAGCGGUUGGUCAUUGUGCUGGCCACAUGACAAUCUCGUUAACCAUAGGCUACAGAAACAGAUGUCCUUGCCUUAACAUCAUCAGCCCUAUAGACCACAAGGUAGUAGAACAAUUAUUAAAAUCAGGAGCUGAUCCUAAUUUAAGAGGCGCAGAUGGAAUGACACCACUAGCAAUAGCUUCAUUUUGGGGAUAUGAUACCAUCGUUCAGCUUCUCAUUAAAAAUGGAGCUGAUGUAAAUUCCAGCAACAAAGGUACCUUGUGGACACCACUUCACUGUGCUGCAUUUCAGGGUCAUGGAAAAGUAAUAAUGAUACUUUUAGAAAAUAAAGCAGAUUUAUUCAAAGCAGAUGCUCAAGGAAGAACUGCUGUAGACUUUGCAUCAGCUCAUGACUCUAUAUGGGCAUUUUUCGCAGCAGCUGGUUGUAAGAGAACACAGAAGGAAGCACUAAUCAAAAUGAACAUUGUACAAAAGUCUACAACAGAAGAAAUAUCAAAUCAGUUAGGCCUGCUCAACUUUUCAAAUUUGGAUCAGAAACUUCAAAACGAGACUACACACUUUUCGGAUCAACAGACAAAUAAUAUGAUUGCUUUAACAAUGGGUGAUGUUUUGGCUGGAGUGGAAGAUUCCAAGGAUCAAGCAGAGUGGGACACAAGAUACAACAAACCUUCAUUCACAGUUUGGAACAAUUAAUUUUUACAAUAAAAUGGAUCAAGUGCAAUAUUA